GCAGCGGCCGCCGCGACGGCAACCGUGGCUCGGGAGGUGGCGGAGGAGGUGGGGCUGGCGCUGAAGCCGGAUCCGGAUCCGGUACCGUGUACCCGGGUGGGUGAGAGUCCGACGGGCCUGGAGAGGAGCGCCGACCGCGAGGCCUCCACGGGUGAGGGAGGCUGGGGGCCGCGGAGCGAGAGCGGGGCCGCGCCGGGUGUCCUGGGGGCCGUCGUGGGCCUGCCUUCACAUUUGUCAAACAGAUGAGGAAACAGAUCGUCAGAGUUGACAUUAGCCAUAAUCGCAUUUGACAUCCGAACACCAGCUUGACUCCAGAGCUCAUGCUCUCUUUCAUCUUAGGUUUAAAUCCUGGCUCCACUAAUUUUGUGACCUUGGGCAGGUUACUUAACAUGUGUUGCCUGCAUUUCCUCAUCUGUUAAAAUGGAGAGCACACGUCAGCGUGGGGAGGGUCAAAGAGGGAGAAUCUCCAGCUGACUCCGCCUGGCGCAGAGCCCAGCACUAACUCGAUCUCACGACCCUUGAGAUCGUGACCCAAGCAGAAACCAAGAGUCGGUCGCUCAACCACUGAGCCAACCAGAGCUUACUGCAAAGAUGAAACCUGAUGAAACUCCUAUGUUUGACCCAAGUCUACUCAAAGAAGUGGACUGGAGCCAGAAUACAGCUACAUUUUCUCCAGCCAUUUCCCCAACACAUCCUGGAGAAGGUUUGGUUUUGAGGCCCCUUUGUACUGCUGACUUAAAUAGAGGUUUUUUUAAGGUACUAGGUCAACUGACAGAGACUGGAGUUGUCAACCCUGAACAAUUUAUGAAAUCUUUUGAGCACAUGAAGAAAUCUGGAGACUAUUAUGUUACAGUUGUGGAAGAUGUAACUUUAGGACAAAUUGUUGCUACAGCAACUCUGAUAAUAGAACAUAAGUUCAUCCAUUCCUGUGCUAAGAGAGGAAGAGUGGAAGAUGUUGUUGUUAGUGAUGAAUGCAGAGGAAAGCAGCUUGGCAAACUGUUAUUAUCAACCCUUACUUUGCUAAGCAAGAAACUGAACUGUUAUAAGAUUACCCUUGAAUGUCUACCACAAAAUGUUGGUUUCUAUAAAAAGUUCGGAUAUACAGUAUCUGAAGAAAACUACAUGUGUCGGAGGUUUCUAAAGUAAAGAUCUUUUAAGAAAGACAUUUGUCAAAGGAGCUAACGCAACAAGGCGAUACUCUUCCUAGAGUUAAAAUACUUUGUUGCUGCAACCCAGUGACCUCCAUAAAUACUGGAUUGAAAAAAAAAACCAUUGUAAUACAACAAAUAUAAUGAUAUUUAGAAGAUUACUUUGGGCUGGUGGGACAUGCUGUGAGUUUAGAUUAUAAAUGAAUAUUAUAAAGGGGAUGAUUUUUAACCAAAGGAAUAUAUUUUUAACUUGAAUCUUUUCUUGCAUUGUAUUUUUCUAAAGUUUGGCUUCAUUUCUUUGUAGUUAGAGUAUAGGUAGUAGGGAGUUAUGUGUCUGCUAUCUGUACUGCUCAUUAAAAAAAAAAAAAACACCAUGAAUAAGGCUGUUAUCCCAUUCAUAAAAUGAAUAUUUUUGUUUCAAAGAACACCAAAAAGCACUUAGGAGUGUAUCAUUUUCCCAUAUUAUCAUGUGAAAUUGGAUAAGAUAUAACUAAAUGUAGUGCAGUCCAACAUUUGUUGAUCCUAAUACUAUACUGGUAAACAACCUGGUCAGCCUUUUAAAGUACAAAUGAAACUUAUAAGAUGCGACAAGAUUCAAAGUAAAGCAAUUUAAGCGUACAUCUAAAAGUUUACAUAAUUCUUAUGCAGAUAAGGUACCACCUGUCUUAUAUGUGAAAUAUAAUUAUUCAUUUGUUUAAAAUACCUAAGAGCAGAUACAAGGUACUUUUUAUCAGUGAAUUAACAAAUCUUGGUAUAUUACAUAUUUCUAACCUGAUUUCUCAUCUUUUCAUUGAUGUCUGAAGCCUUUCUUCCAACAUUUUAAUGAUAAAUAAAUGACAGAAUUGAGUGGAAUAUUUAAAUAUGUAUCAUACUGCAUUUGUUACAUCCUUAAAAUGCUGAUGGAAGCUUUUCUAUUUACUGUGAUUGUCAUGGUACUAUUAUUCUGGUCACUAUCUUGUUUUGAUUUUAUUUAUUUUAAUUAAUUUUUUAAGUUGAAGAAUUUGAUAUUUUAUUGAUGGUUCUAAUCUUUUGCAUUCCAUGUUACAUUAAACCUGUUCAUACGAUGAA